GGGGCGGAGGCAUGUCUGUGCAAACCGCCGCUUUCUGACGUUUGUUGCCGCCAAAGCUUAAAAAACGAGGCUUAUCCCGCGGUGCAGCAGCUGUACCACCGUCAACAAUUACCGUUCUCUUUAUCUGAAGACUUUUUUUGUUUCGCGAACAUGUCUGUUACUCCGAAGAGACGCUGUCCCGAAUCACUGGACGACUCUAUGAACGAUUCAAUGAACGACUCAAUGGAGAAAAGGAUAAAGCGGAUUUCAGUGGAGGGAAACAUUGCGGCGGGCAAAUCCACGUUUGUGCGCCUUUUGCAGCAAGAGAACCCGGACUGGGAUGUAGUACCAGAGCCCAUCGCCAGGUGGUGCAAUGUUCAAACAAACGGUGACGACUUUGAGGAGCUGACCACGUCUCAGAAGAGCGGAGGGAAUGUCCUGCAGAUGAUGUAUGAGAAACCCGAGCGGUGGGCCUACACGUUCCAGAGCUAUGCCUGCAUCAGCAGGGUGCGCUCCCAGAUCAGGUCGGCCAAUGGGAAGCUGCGGGAAGCUGAGAAUCCUGUGCAGUUCUUCGAGCGAUCCAUCUACAGUGACAGGUACAUCUUUGCAGCCAACCUGUAUGAGGGCGAGUGUCUGAGUGAGACCGAGUGGUCUGUGUAUCAGGACUGGCACGGGUGGCUGCACAGCCAGUUUGGCAAGCACAUCGAGUUGGAUGGUAUCAUCUACCUCAGAGCUUCACCUGAGAAAUGUUUAGAGAGACUGCACCUGAGAGGCAGAGAAGAAGAGCAGGACAUCCCUCUGGAGUAUCUGGAGAAGCUCCACUUUAAACACGAGAGCUGGUUACAGCACAGGACCAUGACCAUGGAGUUUGAUUAUCUGAGCGACGUGCCGAUCUUGACCAUGGACGUAAACGAAGACUUUAAGGGAAAUGACACUAAAGGGGCCGACAUGAUUGAGAAGGUCAAGGAGUUCUUGAGCACGUUGUAAUCCUGGGAAUAAAGAAGAGGAGAGAACUAAUAAUAUGCCCCAACAAUGACAACUCUUUUUUUUAUUAUUAUUUUAUGAUCUAACCUGUAGCAAUUUGUUAAAAUCUUUUUAUGACUAUUUUUUUUUAAAUGUGUUGUAUAUUUAUCUGUGUUAUUGUGUGCAAAUGAACUUUGGUUUUAACUCCUGAUAAUAAACUUGAAAUACUUUUUUUUAUUGUU